AGAUGCGAUUCUGAAUUCAAUUUAUAGUUAUUAGUUUUCAUAGAAAUUGAGGGCGUUUACCUGGUUGGUGACCUGUUAGAUGGGUACUUAGGAAUUUUUUGCUCUGGGUCCUAAAAUAAGCAAGCAGCACAGAUCUGCUUGCUGUCCAGAAUCCCCAGAGAGUGAGGUGGAGAGGCACCUGACCACAAGAGUUGGUACCUGUUAACAAAGCAAAAGCCAAGGCCUCCAAGAGUUGGUUUCAAGCCGAAUCUUAAAGUGAGGUGGGGGAGGGGAGGAGAGUACCCCAGACUGGGAGAGCUGUACUCUGAAGUCCCUGAGGGCUUAGUCUCAAGCCUGGGAACAGAUGAGUUGGAUCACGGAGUGGAUGAAGAAGGUUCUUUUAGAUCUACAGUGUCAGCAGAAAUGCCGUGGAGAAUAUGUGUUAACUGUUAAUCGUGAUGGUUUAACUUGUUACAAGGGGAUGGCUCAUCUUGUCAAUUUGACUACAUCUGGAAUCAGCUAAAACCCAAGCUAGCUGGGUAGAGCUUGUGACAGACACACCCUAAAUCUGGACCACACCUCCUGGUAGCAAUCUAUAUAAAAGGACAAGGAAAAAGGAGGCUUUUGCUUCUUUGCCUGUUUGCCUCAGGACAGACAAAUGCGCUGCACUAAACAGAUGCCCUGUAGCUGCUCCCAGGAACCUUAGAAGUCUGUCUUCUGUGAAAACAACACUGCCCUCUGGAGGCGAGGCGGACCUUGUCCCCGCAGUUGAAAUAGACCACCCUCUCCAGGAUCAGCAGACUACGCCUGGAAACACGAACUGGUAUAAAUAGCUAAAGACCCACGUGAGACCCAAAGCAUGGACUUUCACAUGGGUACUGGAGCAGCAGCUUACACCGAAAGACCAGGUACGAUCGCCUCACUCUCACUCUUAUUUAAGAAAGGCUUUGCUCAGCUCUUCCCUCAGUGCAGAAGAGGGCACCCGGAAGGAGACUGUCUCCCCCUCAGGGGCUCAGCCAAUGAUUCUUUCAAUAGAUGUCUAAUUCCUGUUAAACACAACGUCUUUGAAAUUUUAAAAAGCAAUGAGAGUCAGCUAUGUGACGUCCUCCAGAAUAAGUUUGGGUGUAGCUCUACCCUGAGCUGCCCAGUUCCAGCAGGAAACAGCACUCCUGCUCAGCAGGUCUUCAGAAGGAGGCUGACCCCUGAGAUAGAACUAUCUGUCUGGAAGGAUGACCUCACCAGACACGUUGUUGAUGCUGUGGUGAAUGCAGCCAAUGAAGAGCUUUCACAUGGAGGUGGCCUGGCCGGAAGCCUGGUGAGAGCUGGUGGUUUGGAAAUCCAAGAAGAGAGCAGACACUACGUUGCCACCCAUGGUAAAAUUCCAACUGGUCAAAUAGCUGUCACAAAAGCAGGAAGGCUUCCUUGCCAUUGGAUUAUCCAUGCUGUCGGACCUCGGUGGACAUGGAACGACAAGACGACAGCUGUUGGGUUGCUGAGACUUGCCAUUAAAAGCAUUCUAGACUAUGUCUGCAUAGAAAACAUACACAUUAAGACAGUAGCAAUUCCAGCCCUGAGCUCUGGAAUUUUCCAGUUUCCUCUGGGCUUGUGCACACAUACAAUUUUAGAAACUAUCCAGUUAUAUCUCCAAAAGAAGCAGCUGAUCCGUGGUUUGAAAGAGAUUCAUCUGGUGAGCAACGAGGACCGCACUGUUGCUUCCUUUAAAGAUGCAGCAGAAUACAUCCUGGGGAAGGAUGAGCUGAGCCUUGGGAUGAGUCCAGGAACUACCCCUUCUUCCAAUGUGACACUUCAAGUUGGCCAGGGCCUGACUCUCCAGAUUGUCCAAGACUUCAUUGAACUGCAAACAACAGAGGUAAUUGUCAAUUCUGUAUUCAAGUAUGAUCUUAAAAAUGGACAUGUGUCACAGUCAAUUCUUAAGAAAGCAGGACCUGAAAUGCAGCGGGAACUUGACAAGGCUAAACAGUCUUCAGAUUACCCGACGGUACUGGUCACAGAAGGACUUAAACUGUCGUGUCAGUAUGUGUUCCAUGUGGUAUGGCAACACGAUAACAAACACCAGAUAUUGAAAGAUGCAAUGAAGAGUUGUCUGAAAAAAUGCCUUCAACUAUCUAUAAAUUCCAUUUCUUUUCCUGCCCUCGGGACAGGAGGGAUUGGUAUGGAGAGCAGUUCAGCAGCGAGGAUAAUGUUAGAUGAAAUUUUAGCAUUUACUAAAGAGCACACAAAGAAAUCACUGACUAUAAGGAUUGUGAUAUUUCCAGAAGAUAAGAAGACAUACAUGGCUUUUUGUGCUGAAAUGACGAAGAGGUCCAGUGCGCUGAGUCUCAGCAGUAGCAGUGUCGUUUCAGUCCCGCAGCAGAUCAGAGGGGAGCAGAGACAUGGACUUGAAGCUGGAUCCCCUGCCAUCAGUCUGGUGGGUGUAAAAGUGGAAGAAAUGUAUGAGGCCAAAGAAUGGAUUGAAAGGUUGCUGACUUCCAAGGACUGCCACAUCAUUGAGAACAACCACAUUCUCUACCUUGGGAAAAAAGAGCAUGACAGAUUGUCUCAGCUCCAGACAACCUCAGGUGUCUCCAUCUCAGAGACUGUCAGUCCACAAAAGGCAAUUCUGAAGAUUAGGGGUGCCCAGGCUGACCUAAUUGAAGCCGUCAUACAAAUUGAAGGCAUGCUGUGUGAAGUUCAGGAAGAAGUGGCAAGAAAAAAGAGGAAAAGUCUUCGGGGCUUGUUAGGACAGUGGACCGAUCAGCAAGGAAUACUGGAUGAAAUGGAGGAUUUUCACACAUAUCUUCGUUACCCAGUACCUUUAUCUCAGGAACUUGAGGACCGAAAGAGACAGUUUGAGAAGUGUGGCCUGUGGGUUGUGAAGGUGGCACAGAUACAAAAUAAUGUGCUCAAGAAUGCCUUCCAAAAGAAGAAGAAAAUGAUGGAAGGGAGAACUCUGAGGGGAUCUGGAAGCCAAAGGUUGUUCCAGCAGGUCCCAUAUCAGUUUUGCAAUGUGGUAUGCAGAGUCGGCUUUCACAGACUGUACACAACACCUUGUGACCCAGUUUAUGGAACCGGCAUAUAUUUCACCAAAAGCCUUAAAAAACUAGCAGACAAAGUCAAGAAAACCUCUAGCACUGAUAAAUUAAUAUAUGUGUUUGAGGCAGAAGUGCUCACAGGCUCUUUUUGUCAGGGUAAUAAUUUAAGUAUAACCCCACCACCACUGAGUCCUGGGGCCUUAGAUGCUCAUGACAGCGUGGUCGACAAUGUUUCCAACCCUGAAACCAUUGUUGUUUUUAGUGGCACGCAGGCGAUGCCCCAGUAUUUGUGGAUUUGUACACAGGAUAGGACACUGUCACAGGAUCAGAUGUGGGAACAGGACGACUCAUCAGAACUAGAUAUGGUCUCCUCCCCACACUCAUGGAGGAAGGUCUCAAAUGGCAGCCCUGUUUGACCUCUACACCAUUUUAACAGACAGCAGGCUUUGGGUGAAUUGAAACAGUGACUGUCGGUGACUUGAAGAGUGGCUUGAACAUAACAAAUUAUCUGAUCUGUUCAGAAUGACUGGGUUACUCAUGGCACCUACCACAUACAAAAGAUGUUUUUACGUAGUAACUCAAGCCAAUUAAAAUGAUGAUAGUAUAAAAUAGGACAAUAGAAUGAUUUUAGAUUUUUCUAUAUGAUUUUAUAAAGUACUUUGGAAAUUCAAAUAAAUCACCUUUGUCUGAGUAA